GCUUGGUUUGUUUCUCUCAUCUUCUUCCUUUUCCUCUUUCCUCAACAAUCCCUUAGCCAACAGACGUAUUUGGGAAAUGACAGCUGCUCUCUCUCUAAUACUCCAACGCCAAAAAAUUACUUAUGCACUCAUCCUGUUUCUCCAUGUACUUCAUAUUUGGCCUUCAGAUCCACCCCCGACACUCUUUCCCAUCUCUUCCAUCCUCUCUCUAAUCUUAAAGUACGUAACUAUGGUUUGUUUAACGUUUCUUGUGAAUGUUCAGGUAAUUUCUUUCUCAAAUUUAUAGACUACACUAUCGAGAGUGGUGAUAGCUAUGAGAAAAUAGCGAAUGAUAUUUUUCAAGGCCUAACAAGCUGCUCGUCGUUGAGAAGUCGAAACCAAGACUAUGUUAUCGAUAAUACUUCUUCGAUAGGGAGAGUAGUCCAAGUUCCUUUGCGAUGUGCUUGUCCUACCAAAGCUCAGAAGGCUAAUGGAGUCGAGUCCUUGGCUGUGUAUGUACUACAUCCAAAUGAAACAAUUGCAUCGGUUGCAAGGGAUUUUGGGGUCGAGGAAGAAAGCGUUUUGGAAGCAAACAAGCUCUCAAAUUCAAGCCACAUCUACCCCUUCACGCCUCUUUUGCUUCCUUUGGGCCAAAAUGAUAUCAGUACAAUAUCCGACAGCAACAGCAGUGAUACUUCUUCAAGUUUCCCCGUAUAUAUGAUAUCAGCCUCUUUAGGUAUAAUGGUAAUGGUUAUAAGUUUAAUACUGAGGAAAAGAAGAGAGAAACUUCAUAAGAAAAAGUUUUUCAAGCAAAAUGGUGGCCUCCUAUUGCAACAAAAACUGCUGGAAGAUACCAAGAGAGUCAAAAUUUUUACACAAGAAGAGCUUGAGCAGGCAACGGAUAAAUAUAGUGAAAGUAGAUUUCUUGGUCAAGGAGGGUAUGGCACAGUUUAUAAAGGAAUGCUUCAUGACAACAAUAUUGUUGCAAUUAAAAGGUCCAAGCAAAUUGAGGCAAGCUGGAUCGAUCAAUUCAUUAAUGAAGUUAUUAUCCUUUCUCAAAUAAACCACAGAAAUAUUGUCAGGCUUCUGGGUUGUUGUUUAGAAACUGAGUUUCCUUUGCUAGUUUAUGAAUUUGUUUCAAAUGGAACGCUUUCACACCACAUUCACAAGAAAGAUCCUGGAGAAUCACCUUCUCUUUCGUGGGAAACUCGUCUUAGAAUCGCUUCAGAAGUUGCAGGAGCCAUAUCUUACAUGCAUUCUACAGCUUCAACUCAAAUUUUUCACAGAGAUAUCAAGUCUUCAAACGUACUUUUGGAUGAUAAAUAUAGUGCAAAAGUUUCUGAUUUUGGAACGUCAAGAUUUGUGUCAAGUGAUCAAUCUCAUCUGACAACGAAAGUGCAAGGAACAUUUGGAUAUAUCGAUCCAGAGUACUUCAGAUCAAGUCAAUACACUGAAAAGAGUGACGUCUAUAGCUUUGGAGUCUUAAUGGUAGAGCUUUUAACUGGUAAGCUACCUGUGACAUUUGCGAAGAAUGAGGACAAAACUCUAUUAGACUACUUCGUUUCAUUGGAAAAGUCUAAUGAGCUUGCUGAAAUUCUAGAUAUUGUAGUAGCGAAUGAAGAAAAGAUGGAGGCUGUUAGCGCUGUAGCAAAACUUACUACUAAAUGUUUAAGAUCAAAGGGGAAAGAUAGGCCUACCAUGAGGCAAGUAUAUUUGGAACUAGAAGAAUUAAGGAAGUCUCAACAUUGUUUAGAGAUUAUUGAAGAAAGUCAAUCAAUUACAACGACUUACUCAUUGAACUCUUUAGGGUACAGUGACGACGAGCUUCCAAGAUGAGAACGCUACUGAAUCCAUUGAAACUAAUUAAGACUAUAUGACUAUAUAAAACCUUUGGAUUUAUGUUUAUAUAUUUUGGUAUCUAAAUUAUCUCUGUGUUGGUACUUUAAUUCAUUCAACAACUUCUUCAUAAUUUGAAGUAGCGUUGGUAUCUCUCGUUCCUUCUU